AUGAACCGAGUUCCCUUAUACGAAGAGUACAGGUUGAUCGAAAGAAAUGAGACCGAAAUUAACGGAGCAUGGAAAGGAGCCCACCUCCUUCUAUUCUUCCUAGCAUUCGUGUUCGGUUCGUUCUGCACGUUUUGCUUCCACAUGCUGAUGUACCUUUUCGAUGAGAAAUGCGUGCUGUUCCCGAAACUCCUCUCCCUCACAUCCCAUAAGCACAACGUCAUUUACGAGUUCGUACCGUCCACCAAAGAUCUUGGCGACUUACCCGUGGACUUCCUGAGCACCCAAUGGGUUGAGAAGAGCACCUGUUCUCUACCAACAUACGUGCCACUGGUUUCUGGCAUCUUCGGGCUCGUGUGGACCACUAUGUUCCUUAUGUGCUCCACCGGCAGCAGGACAUUAACUGGUUUACAACGGCCGUGGCGAGUGCUGCCUCCUGUAUUUGUGUUCUCGUUAGCGAUGGGCAGCCUGUGCGUCUACUCCUCCGCAGUCACACACUAUGGGUUACAAGAACUCUGCCUUAAGCUAGGGGAGAUCACUGGCAGUCCCACUUGCUCUUACACAAUAAACGUAGCGACACUGACGUAUGAGCGGCGUAUCCGCGGCGUGUACCAGGCGACUCGGCUCACGAUACUGUCGGCGUGGCUGCACACCUUCUGCUGGCUGCUCUCCGCAGUCCUCGCUCUAGUCCGCGUCCUUCUGGUCGUGGACUUCCAACUAGUCCGUGUCAGCGUCCAUCUGCAUGGCGACAUCGAUACUAUACUGGAGAAACACGAGGUCCAAAUUAGGACUGUUUCACCUGAAACUUGGUUCAACGAUAAAGAGGAAAGUCCAAGCGAUACAAAACUUCCUAUCAAGUUGCCUCAGGUGCCGUUGAAAUCAAUACUUCGUGCUGAAGAGGGAAACACGGGCACACUACCAAUGAAGGAUAGUGAGCUCAUUUUCAUAACACGUGAUGACUUGGAUCAUUUAGAACCAUCAAUAAUAUAUGACCAACUAAGUCGUCCGCCUACGACGACGACGUCGGAACCCGUUGACACUUCAACUUUGACACAACAAGACAAUGCUUUGUCUGCUGGGACCACUGUCCCAGAAGACAAAGCAUCAGUUUUCAACUGGUUAAAUAAUUUAGUAUCCGAAUUAAUUUUUGCAAGUACUUCUAGCAAAAAGUUCAGAUUUCCAUCUUCAUCCUACGCAAUUGAAAAUGAAAGCCGUACAAAAGAAAUUUCAAGGCAAUUCGCACAGGAAGAAAUCUUUGAAACGCCUGAGCCCGAAAUUAAAACAACUCUGCAACGACUUGACAGUCUUAUGUUAAAAGAUAUUCGAAUGGCUAAGAAAACCAAGAAGGAUCAAAUAUCUUUUGACGAAGAUACUAAUCCAAGACCUUCUACUUCAAAAGCGCCUGUAGAAUACGUUUCUGAAAUGAACCUUACUGAAGACAUGCAACGUAUACUUGGUAACGUCGCCACUUCGAAAACAAAUCAGGAAGAUUCUCCAAAGGAAGCAACUUCUAAAGAUAAGGAUAAAAAGAAAUCUAAUUUGAAAACGAUUGCUAUACAAACAGAUAAACGUAAAGAAAAAAAACGCGGUCCUCGAGUUCAUAUACCAGAGACAAAUUUUGUCCAAAUAAAAUCUGAUUCUGACCAGCAGACGUCUACGUCGACGGAUAAAAAAGACGUUGAUAAAGAAACACAAACCAAAGAGAAAGAAAAACAAGAUUAA